AUGCCAGACCCGGCGGAAAGACUACCCAUGACGCCCGUGCGUGCUGCUAAAAGCUUUGGGCCAGCAUAUCUAUGCUGUUAUCUCAUGGGAAUAUUGGUCCUCAAACCCGGAACGCGCAUAGCUAGGCUGGCGAUUUUACCAGUCGCUUUGUAUACUGCUUCUAAAGCGGCUACUACCUAUGACCACUCCGGCGGGGACCCGACUCAAACCUUUCAAAAUUUUGGGCAAUGUCUAGGAAUGCUCAUGGUUUCAAUGCGUGUGGUCGAGUGGGCCGUCCUUGCCCAUCCCCUCGAGUGCACGCGGAAAAGCGGAAGCACGCUUUUGGACGCUGCAGAUCUGCUCACAAACUACCGCGGCAUUGGUUGGACAUGGUCCAAACAUGUUCCUUUCCCACCAGAGACUCGACCGACGCACUCCAGGGCUGCCUUUGUUGUCGCAACGUCCUUGCGGUUGAUCAAAGAUGUUUUCAUUUACGACGCCCUCAGCAGCGCCAUUCGUCGACUGGCACCCCCGUCAGUCGGUACUCCCGCCGGCGGCUCCAUCUUCGACGAGUCCCUCCCACCGCUACAGCGUUAUGUCUACUCAUCCCUGAUCACCUUCAUUUACGGCGGCGUCUUCUGGCUCUCGAUGGACAUCGCCUACUACACCGCCACCGUUUUCGCCAUAUGCAUCCCCGGGCUCUAUCAACCCUCAGACUGGCCGCCUUACUCGCAACUGCCCCUGCGCGCGACCUCGAUCGCGCGCUUCUGGGGAACGCACUGGCACCAGACCCUGCGUCGUACGCUCUCCGUGCUCUCAACGCCUCUGCGGAAGGUGUUCGGCCGCCCGGGAACGGUGCUCGGCGCGUUCCUUCUUAGCGGCGUUCUGCACGACUGGUGCAUGUGGGGUAUGGGCAAGGGUACGAAUUUCGCCCAGACGGGCGGAUUCUUCAUGGCGAUGGCGCUUGGCGUGCUGCUCGAGGAUGCGUGGACGAAAAUGACAGGACGGAGGGUUGAUGGAUGGUCGGGAUGGUUGUGGACGAUGGCUUGGACAACGGCAUGGGGGAAUCUGUUGGUGGACGCCUGGAUGAGGAACGGCUUAGGUGGUGGCGAGAUUCUUCCCCCUCAGGUUCGACCCGCGCGAGCAUUAUUAGCAUGGGUCUCGAAGUCAGCGAAUAGCACGACGAUCCAGUAUUCUCAUCGCUAA